GUGCCAGCUUCUGGCCGUCUUCCGCGCUCGACUGCGCCGCCUGAAGCUGCUGACAAGCACGAGCUGAAGGCAGUGCUUGCGGCGCAAGAGUCCGAGAUGCACGCAAUGAAGACGCAGCUGGCAGAAGCGCAGCGGGAAUGCAACCGUUUGAAGCACAAGCUGCGAGAUGUCGAGACCGAGGUGCAGGUGGCCAAACAGGUCACUGCAUCUGCGACUGAUCGGCUCACGGCUCACGCCGAGCGAAAAGACCUCCUGCUCUCCGCAGGCGUGGAGCGGGGUGGCUUGGAGCGCGCAAAGCUCGAGGAGGAGCUGCAGCGAAUGGAACGCCUGCUCUGGGAGCGCGACCAGGAGAUCAAGAAGCUUCGGCACACUGCCGGCAAUCUUGAGAAGAACCAGCUGCAACUGGACUUGGAGAUGCGCGGCCUGCAUGCUGCCAAAGAAACCUCGACUCUCGAGGCACGCGAGCUUAGCACCGGCAUCGCGGACUUACUUCACAGCCGCCUGCAAAAGGUACCCAGCACACACUCGGGUUUCCUGGACAGCAUGGCGAGCUCAAACCCCUUCAGUACGCAGAACCUGGACGCCCAACGCCAGCGGGAGGAGAAGCGGCUCAAAGAAAGCACGCAGCGAUUGGACUUGAAGCGCAAGGCAGAACAUGCCGAGCUGAAGCACAGGGCAAGCCAGGCAGCUGCGGAAGCCAAGAAAAUGGAGGAGGAGGAUGCAGCCCUGCACCAUCGGGUGCAGCUUUUCGAGCAGCAGCUGCGAGAGAAGCAGGGUCAGAUGGAGCUGCACGACAAGAAGUUCGUUCAUGAGGGGGGCCUCCUCCGCGAGCAUGUGGAGGAGCUCCGCAAGGCCGUUGCAAAGGAACAGACGAGCUUCAUGGCCGCUGACCACUGUGCCGUCUUGCACAGCCAGGUCCAGGAUGAGGCCAAGGCCACGAAGCAGGAGAUACAGUCGCUCUUGGCGAUUGUUCUGCAGCUCGACUCUGCAUUGCGUGCCCGACACCAGCACGUCCACAGCGCGGAGGCCUCUGUGAGUUCCGACUCGCCUCCGGACAUGGACUCUGAAGUGACCUCUUCCAGCCGGUACAGGCAAAAGCUUGGGUACCAUGGCUGCAGGACUCUUCACGAGGGCGAACUUACUGUGCUGCGGCGUGGAGGAGCCGAAGACAGGUACUGCAUACUGUGCUAUGAGACGUUCCAAUACUACACAUCCGCGAAGGACUUUAAGCAGGGCAAGGCCCCAUUGGUAACCUUUCCCCUGCUGGCAACCAGCAGCUUCGAAGCCAGCCCAACAGGUCACGGUGCCAGGGUGAUUUUGCUAGAAGGGCAAUGCGAGGACGUGGCCUUGUGGUGCCAAGCCCUGGAAGAAGCCUUCGGCACGGCCAAAACACGUGGCAGUGAGCUGGAGCUUCAGAUUCUUGGCUUCGAUGGCUCGCAGCUCUGCAGAGUCCUGGCAGAGCCUUCGUGGAGAGUCCGAGACUUGAAGGCAGUUAUUCAUUCAGCAACGAAUAUCCUCCCGAGCGAGCAGCGCCUGGUUUUCCGGACGGAAUUGCUUGAUGAUCGGGAUUUGCUGCAUGGAGUCCUCCGGGAAGUCCUCUGCGCGGACGAGACGGUGCUGCCCUCGAGCGCAGAGAAUGCACUUGAGCUUCACCUUGUGCGCUGUCCUCCUGUAGCACAAACAAAGCCGGCAGGACUUCAGCGAAACCGAGAAGACAUGCUAGAGGCCGUGCGCAACAACUGGCAGCAGUUAGGCGAGGCAGAGGCUGCUUGGAGGCGAGAUCGAGAAAUUGUUCUGGCUGCAGUGUGCCAGGAGCAGAGCCAGUGGAACCGUCAAGCUGUACCGUCGAGAGCAAGCAUCUGCUCAUGUCAGGACUGCAUGGCCCUGCAGUUCGCAUCAGAGGACCUGCGGGAAGACCCGGAGAUCAUUAUGGCAGUUACCUGGCCGCGGCUAUAG